CUAGAGGAGAAGCUAAGGAGAAAUACAUUUUAAAAUGUAUUCCAAGAAUCUGGCAGUUUUGCUAUUGCUGAUCCUUAGUUUUAUCAGCUCAGGAAAGCUUUGCAAAUGGCACUCACCUAUUAAUGUGCUAGAAGAAGAAUACUUUUCAUUUUGCUGCUCUAUGGGACCCCAAGAUAAAGGACAAGUUGCAUAUUGGUAUAAAAGAGAUACCAACAAAAAAGAACAAGUGCUAGUUCGUGGAGACAGAAGAAUUGACUUGAACGGGACUAAUUUGCGAUUUUGGCCAGUUGUAGUGAAUGAUACUGGAAUCUAUAGUUGCUGUCUCAGAAAUGGGACCCGUGAGACACCCUGUAAGGAAUGGUCCUUAAAUGUCAUCAAGAGAAAUAAAAAAAAUUGUUUCACCGAAGAGCAUGUGCUUACUGGAAUAGAUGGCAUAGUUGGGAGGAGCUAUGCUUUCACAUGCAGCGAUACAGAUGACAGUGUAAAUGUGGUCGACAUAGCAUGGUAUAAGAACUGCACAGAGAAUAUUAAUAAAAGAGGAGAAGAAGAAUGGCACAUUGAUCAGUUAACAGAGGAGGAUGGUGGGAAAUACACAUGUGUAAAAACAAUUCUUCAUGAAGGAAAGAAAUACAACAGGACAAGUACCACCAGUUUAAAUGUUAAAGGUGCUGAAGAAAAUGUAAUCCCAAAGCUAAUUGGACCGGAUCAUCAUGUUUUCAAAACUGAAAUAGGUAAAGAGGAAAUCCUCAAUUGCACAGUGUUUUUAGGUUAUUUGAAGAACUUUGUUCAAUUCCAGUAUGAGCUUUAUUGGAUUGGGCAUGGUGAUACUAUUGAAACAUGUCAGAAGAAUAGUUCACUGUGUCAAAUGGAAGAGCGUAAAUAUGAUGAAAAUGGAAAAAAAUAUGCUGUGAAACAACUGUGGUUUAAAAGCGUUAAAGAAGAGGACAUCAAUUCUUCAUACACAUGCACCUUUUCUGAAAAUGGGUUUGAAAAACAAACAUUUAUAUUGCAAAAAGAAUCUAAUCCAGAUUUACCAGUUCAUGUCUUUACUACUGGAAUGAUAAUGGCCAUAAUGUUUUCCUUUGUUGCUGUAAUGAUGGUGAUUCUCUGCUUAGUAUUCAAGAUUGAGCUUGUUUUAUUGUUCAGAGAUAUAAUGGGAAAGGAUGAAACCCUGGAAGAUGGGAAACUAUAUGAUGCUUUUGUGUCUUACCUGAAAGACUCUACACCAAUAUGUGGUGAAGAAAGAAAAUUUGCCCUGGAGAUACUACCUAAAACAUUAGAAGAUCAUUUUGGAUACAAGCUAUGCAUUUGUGAACGAGAUAUUUCUCCUGGAGGAGCUGUUGUUGAUGAUAUCCAAUCAUUCAUUGACAGAAGUCGAAGAUUAAUUAUUAUUCUGAGCCAAAACUAUAUCUCUGACCAAGUCAUGUUUGAGUUAGAGGUUGGACUGCAUAAAGCCUUGGUUGAGAGAAAAAUCAAAGUCAUAUUAAUAGAGUACAUGCCCAAAAGUUGUUCUGAUUUCUUGCCCAAGUCUUUGGAACUUCUUUCUUCCAGCCAAGUGGUGAAAUGGAAAGAAGAAAAAUCGCUGCCUUUAAAUUCUAAAUUUUGGAAAAAGCUUCGCUAUGCCAUGCCUGCCAAGCCAACCGCGCCAGCGGUUUGUCAAGGGGUAACACUGCAGGACAGAAGAAAAAGAACAAGCACUUUCUGUAUCACAUCCAAGCCAUCACUUGCCUGCUACUAGGUUUUCAUCAUUGUUGCUUCAGCUGGCUUAAUUUUGGAAGCAAAACUUGAAAGAUAAGAACAUCGCUCCAGAUACUCAGGGGCUGCAGAACUGGGCCUGGGGGCUUCAGGUUGCUCCAUCUAUGUCAUAGGCUUGUUUUCAGUAGUCUCUUUAUAUUUUUUGACUCAGUAUGGAUAUUCCUUACCAUUGUCCUUUUUUUACAAGAUACGUCAAAAGACAAGACUUCUGCCUUACAGUUAUAUUUGCAAAAUGGGGUCCAAUGUCAACAUGUCAAAGAAUAAGCAUGUCUCCUUUGUAUUUUAUUGUUCUUUGUACCUAAGUGCAGCAGAUGCUGAUGAAGAAUAAGAAGCCCAAUGAAAUGCAAGAGAAACAAAUCAAAACACUG